UCCCUCAAAAGUCUGCACACUGCUUCGUGUGCAAGUCUUCAAGCCCCCCAACUCCACGCUCGCGCAGUCCCAAAGCCCAAGAAACCAACCCCCAACGCGCGCGAGAGAGCGAGAGGGAGAGCCGGAGAGGGGGUGAGAGUGGGUUUGCUCUUUGAUUGGCCGCGGCUAAGCACCAAACCUUGGGGAAAUGGAGCUGCUCAGUGGUGCAGUGGCGCAGCGGGAGCUUGGGGAAGCGGAAGCUUGCGAGCAGCCAGAGCACUACUAGCCAUUACCCAGCGCUACCCUACACUGACAUAUCCAUCGAUCUGAUCGCGCUCAGCAGCGUGUGUACAAAAGGCCGUGAAGGCGGUAAGACCGAGCUGCACUGCACUGGGUAAAGGUGGGGUGUGAGGAAGAAGCGAGAAGCCCGUGAGCUGCUGGCUGCUGCGGUGCGAGGGAGCCAGCCAGGGUUUCGUCUCGUCUGGCCGGCCCUCUUCUCUUGGCGCGGCCAUGGACGCCUACGAGGCCACCAAGGUGGUGUUCUCCCGGAUCCAAGCGCUAGACCCGGACCACGCCGCCAAGAUCAUGGGCCUCCUCCUCAUCCAGGACCACGGCGAGAAGGAGAUGAUCCGCCUCGCCUUCGGCCCCGAGUCUCUGCUCCACGCUGUCAUGGCCAAGGCGCGCAAGGACCUCGGCCUGCUCCUCCCGGCGUCGCCCACCUCCGUCGCGGCCGCUGGCCACGCGCCGUUCCUGCAGCUCCCACGCCAGAACUCCGGGCGCGCCGGCGCGCCGUCGCCGCUCUCGGUGUCCUCGCCGUCGUCAUGGGGCCACGCGCCGGUGUUCUCCAGGAGCAACAGCACGAGUAAUGGCACCGCGGAGGAGUCCACGGGGGCUGGGGAGGAGCUGCCCAGUCCCGUGAAUGGCGGCGCGGCGCCGUUCUAUCCUCAUCAGUCCGCGGACGCGCUCCUGGACGACUUGCAGCUGCAGGAGCAGCUUGCGUUCCUCAACGAGGGCGGCGCGAACCCGUCCCACCAGCUCCCCGGGUUCGACGGCGGGGAGUGCCGGAGCCCCGGCCCGGGUGAUGCCGGUGGGAUGUUCGCGUUCGGCCUCGGGUGGCCCAACGGCGGCCCAGCGCACCGCCGGAGCGCGUCAGUCAACGAGCUCUGCCUUGGCAGCGGAGGCGGCGGCGAUGGUUUCGGGUGGAAGCCCUGCCUCUACUACGCGCGCGGGUUCUGCAAGAACGGCGGCAGCUGCAGGUUCGUCCACGGCGGUCUCCCUGACGACGCUGCCGCGCUCGCUGGCGCCAAGAUGGAUGCAGCCGCCGAUCAGCAGCAGCAGCAGUGCCAGGACUUCCUCAUCCGCUCCAAGAGCCAGCGCCUCGGCCCCGCCGCCUUCCCCUACUCCCCCACUGGCUCCCUCCCAGGCUCGCCCUCCGCCGCUAGCAAGUGCCUCAGCUUCCUGCUGCAGCAACAGCAGCAGCAGCACGACAGAGCCGCGGCGGCCGCGUCUCUGAUGCUGGGCGGCGGCGACGAGGCGCACAAGUUCAUGGGCCGGCCGCGCCUGGACCGCGCCGACUUCGCCAACAUGAUGAACCCCGGCUCGCGCCAGAUUUAUCUGACCUUCCCGGCCGACAGCACAUUCCGCGAGGAGGACGUCUCCAACUAUUUCAGUAUCUACGGGCCAGUUCACGACGUGCGCAUUCCCUACCAGCAGAAGCGCAUGUUCGGGUUCGUCACCUUCGUGUACCCAGAGACGGUGAAGCUCAUCCUCGCCAAGGGCAACCCGCACUUCAUCUGCGACGCACGCGUGCUCGUCAAGCCCUAUAAGGAGAAGGGCAAGGUCCCCGACAAGUACAGGAAGCAGCAGCAAGGGGACUUCUCCGGCUGCACGACGCCCCCCGGCGGGCUGGACGCCCGGGACCCCUUUGAUCUGCACCAGCUCGGCGCGAGGAUGCUGCAGCACUCAAACAGCGCCAACGAGCUGCUGUUGCGCCGAAAGCUGGAGGAACAGCAGCAGGUUGCCGAACUGCAGCAGGCCAUUGAGCUCCAGAGCCGCCGCCUCAUGGGUCUUCAGCUGCUCGACCUUAAGGCUCGUGCAGCAGCAACAGCAGCAGCAGCAUCGCCACUGCCCACACCAAUUGCCAAUGCCUUCGCGUCCAGCCAACUUGUGAGCACCAUCGUAGUCGAGUCGCCACCAGAGUCCGGGGAGCAGCUCAAGCUGAGCAGUGGAUUUGCUCUGGAGGGGAAGGUCAACGCCGGUGAUAAGGAGGAAUCUGCUUGCGACGCCGCUGAUAGCGACCAAAGUGGAGAGCACAAUUUGCCGGACAGCCCAUUUGCAUCCCCAACCAAGUCUGCUGCGCUUGUGCAUGACAGUUUCUCCGCCACGGAGACUGAGAACACCUCAUCCCACAUUGGUGUCGAUGCCGGUGUUGGGAACAAGAUCGACGGUGGUAGUAACCAUCUCCGCCCCCCUGCAUUGGAAAUUCCUUCGCCCAGCUCCUACUUCUUCCCCAUGCACAGGCUGUCCUCCGAUCACGGAGCCAUGGGGAUGUAAAGUUCACCAUUGGAAGCAAGUGAUACCCCCCAGCCUAAUCAUAGAAUACUAGAAGCCAAGAAAAGCGAUGGUGGAAUAUAUAGGAAAAAAAGAAGUCAAGUGUCAGCAUAGUGUUAGCUCCCUUUCUUUUGUUCUUUUAGUCCCAACCUUUUUAGUGGAUAGUUCUACUAAAUCACAAGAGAAGAAGAUGCCAUUAGCCUUGAUUAAGAAAACGGCGCAUAUGCAGUAUUGCCAGAUAUAAAUAUAUAUAUUAUAUAUACAAAUAAUCCCUCUAGUGUUACCCCUAGUUUUUAGAUAUAUAUAAAUAGUAUCUGUACUUAGUAAUUACCAUUAGCAGGUAACAUCAUAUCAGCACAAAGAUGUUACUGUGACAAGGUCCUUGAUGUACUCUACAACUACAGCCACCUCUUCCACUAGGUUUACUAAAUGUGAGGUUAAUCCACAAUGCUGGUACCAGCCACAGCCACAGGUCACAUGUAACCAGUACAGCUAGAGCCUGCUGCGAGAUACUAGGGCCGCCCAGUGACUGGAUUCUGGAGAGGAGCACAUGGCCAUGGCAGUUGUCUGUAAGCUAUUUUAACUGCUACUAGUGCAAGAUCCCAAGCCAUUCCUAUGGAUAGAGAUGUGUGUUCGUGUGUGUGCUUGUGAGAUCUUGUAUGCCUUUAACACCUUCAGUCGCUGUCUCGGUAUGUAUGUGUCUCCUAGUAUGUAUGUCCGCUAAUCAGCAGAGGCAGGUCGCUGCAAAAUACUACUAUAUGAUGAUUAUGUUGUUCUGCCUUUGUUCCCAUCUGGUUGAGUGGAUCUAGUGUAGUUGACACCUCUUCUACAGAAAGAAUGGAAGUAAAGUGAGAAAGAAAGUUUGUGUGCAA